UUGCUUUACUUGCUAUUCAAGUAUUAUGCAAUUGAAAAUUGAAAAGAAGAAGGCUAUGCCUUUUGGUAUACCAAUGAUGUGGUUAGACAACAGCCCGCAUCAACAAGAAAAUUGCUAUGGAUGUAUCAACUACCAUAAAACUUUGAAUAGAAGGAAAGCAAAGAAUAAAACUUAUGUAGCAGUGCCAAGUGUCCAAUUACCAUUACCGCACUCAGAAUUCGUUCCAGUACCAACAUACCGAAGUAUUGAUCUUCAAACAGAAUACGACCCUGGUGAAGGUACAUCCUAUGAAACAUCAAAGGACCCAAUCCUAGUCACACAAAAGCAAUUGGAUGCAAUUGUUGCAAUUUUGUAUUUGACUCAGAAAAAAACAGAACAACUGGCUUCUUUUUUGAAAGGAAAUAAUUUGCUGGCGAAAGGUACCAAAGUAACAGCAUAUCGAAAACGCCAAAAAGAGUUAGAAAAGUUCUUCAAUGUGAAUGAUGCAAAAAAUUUCGCUUAUUGCAACGAAUCGAAAAGUUAAUGGAGACGAUAGGGUUAGCCUAUAAAAAAAGAUGAUUGGCGUUUAUUCAUCGAUAGUUCACUAAUCAGCUUAAAAGUUGUGCUUUUGCACAAGACGAAUAGAAUGCCUUCUGUUCCAAUUGCGUAUAGCACUGACACUAGGGAAAAUUUCGAUAAUUUGAAACACAUUC